AAUCCCUACGCUCCCAACUUCCGCGUUGACUCACCCAUCGCGAGACUUCGGCGGCGCAGCAAUGGCAAGACCAUGCCGCGACACUGCUCCGCCGCCGGCUGCUGCACACGGGACACGCGCGAGACUCGCAACCGCGGCAUCUCCUUCCACAGGUCAGCGCGCGUGCGUAGUGGCACGCGAGGGCUCACAUGCGCAGGCGCUGGUGUUGCCGCACUGUAGGCCGUGCAGGAGACAGCGCCUUCCUGAGGUCGAAACUUCCCAAGAAAGACAACCCCAGGCGCGGCUUGUGGCUGGCCAACUGUCAGCGGCUGGACCCCAGCGGCCAGGGCCUGUGGGACCCGGCCUCUGAGUACAUCUACUUCUGCUCCAAACACUUCGAGGAAAACUGCUUUGAGCUGGUGGGAAUCAGUGGGUAUCACAGGCUGAAGGAAGGGGCAGUCCCCACCAUAUUUGAGUCUUUCUCCAAGUUACGUCGAACAACCAAGACCAAGGGGCAUGGUUAUCCACCUGGCCUGCCUGAUGUCAGCCGGCUCCGGCGAUGCAGGAAGCGCUACUCUGAAGGUCAAGGACCCACAACCCUGUUUUCUCCACCUCCUGCUGAUAUCAUCUGCUUCCCUGUGGAAGAAGCCUCAGCCCCUGCCACUCUGCCUGCAUCCCCAGCUGUGAGGCUGGAACCAGGCCUUAACAGCCCCUUCUCAGAUCUUCUGGGCCCACUAGGUGCCCAAGCAGAGGAAGCAGGCUAUAGUGCCCAGCCUUCACCAGAGCGCCACCCCUCCCCUCUUGAGCCACGGCCUAUCUCCCCUUCUGCUUACAUGUUAAGGCUGCCACCACCUGCUGGAGCCUACAUCCAGAAUGAGCACAGCUACCAAGUGGGGAGUGCCUUGCUCUGGAAGAGGAGAGCUGAAGCGGCUCUUGAUGCUCUGGACAAGGCCCAGCGCCAGCUGCAGGCCUGCAAACGGCGGGAGCAGCGGCUUAGGCUUAGACUGACCAAGUUGCAGCAGGAACGGGCACGAGAAAAGCGAGCACAGGCAGAUGCCCGCCAGACCCUGAAGGACCAUGUGCAGGACUUUGCUAUGCAGCUGAGCAAUAGCAUGACAUGAGCACACCCAAGGCUCUGGUCUCUUCCUCAGAGGUACUCAAUUGGAACUACAUCCACCAGGCUGACCAGCAGUCACAAUAAAGUGGAUGCUAGAAAGACCCUGCUGUCUGGCUCAGCUAGGACUGCCAGACUCCUUCCUAGACAAUGGCCAAAGCCUUGGAGGAAUCAGGCCCUGGCAUGCAACCUCUUGGCCAUGGGGAAUCUGUUUGCAGUCCCUUUGCUUAUUUAGUUACUCUUUGAAGUAAGAAAGCCAGCUCCUUUGAGUCCAGGCUGGUAUCAUUGAUGACACUGAACUCCUAAUUCUCCUUGUCCCUUCUGAGUAGAAUGAUAAGCAUGUGUCAUUGUGCCCCAUGUCAGACUUGGUACUUACGUAGAGGCACAGCAAGCUUCUGCCCACAGGCCUCAUCUGUUUGGCCAGUCCCUUGCACUGCCCACUCCUGCUCCAUUUAUGGAGCCUCAAAACCAACAUAUGGUGUUACACUUGUCAGGUAGGGAAAUGUUAAUCUUUUAGAUACAGGAUUUAGAUCCUGGCCUUGAUACCAAGUUCAUUUUGAGAAUCUAGGCUUCUUACAGUAGCUGUGUCCAUGGUAAACACCAAGUACAUGGUCUCUCCCUACUGCUCUUUGGCCACAUAGCUAAAGCACAAUUGAGUUUCUGGCUGAGUUUGUACACAAGGUUCUGACAAUUUUCUUUUUGAAGCCUGGGUGAAUAUGUUUAUUUGUAUCCUGUGUAGAGGACAUAAUUGAAGGUCCAGUUACAGGGGUCAGCAUGAAGCAAGAUUUAAGGUGUUCUCCCC